UGUUAGCACAUAGAGCUGGGUACGCAGUCGGUCGUCACUCGCUUGUGCUGCAGCUGGAGGCUUUGCUUGGAGACCAAAAAAAAACGAGAAAAGUCUUUAUUAAUUUGAAACAGUAAAGAAGUUGAAAUAGACCCUCCUGUGGCAUCGCUUCUCUGCAGGCGUCCAGAGACCAGGAUGGACAAUGAAACAAAGUGGUUAUGGAAGACGACGCAGACGGAGGCAUUCUACGCGACAUACACCAUCAGUUACCGGCUCACCCUUGCCACCCGUGAACCCUUGCUGGAGGAACACCUUCUCCAGGCCCUCACCCAUCUCUUCAGGUUGUUUCAAAUACCUCAAUGGAAGAUAUUCGCGAUAGUCUGCAGGCCUACCGCUACGACUUGAUGAAAGGUCCUCUGUGGUGCGUGAAGCUCCUCUCAGAGCCGCCUUCCUCUCCAGUAGUUCCAGAGGGGGUUGACACAACAAAGUUUCGUCACGUGUACACAGUGUUCCUGGGUCUUCACCAUGGCAUCACUGAUGGUAACUCCAACAUGAGGAUUUGUGGUUUUCUGGUUCAGAUUCUUGAAGCCGUACUAGGAAGGAAGGAUAUCGAUGACGCGGAACAAUUCGGCGUCUAUGUUUCUGACGAGAGAACACAGCGGCUGCUGAAGGAGUACGUGGCCUCCCUGGAGGCCGACCCUGAACUCAGGCGCAAAGUGGUGGACGAGAUUCAAUCUCGCUACGGAAAAUGUUCAUUGAUUAAAUCGACUUUCAAGGGAGUAGGAGAGAAAGUGCCUAGGACGGGGGUGUUGGAAAUGAACUUAGAUACUGAUUCCACGGUCGCCUUCAUCAAACGUUGUCGAGCCGAAGGCGUCACCGUCAACUCGGCUUUUAUAGCUGCUACUAGCGUCUCAGUUGUCGACCUCCUGGUGGACGGAGGCCUUGAGCAGGACACGUACGAUAUUCGCAGCGACCAUGUCCUUAACGCCCGCCGGUACUGGAGCGGCGAUACGUCUCAGUACCUCGGGUGUCACCUCCUCCCUCUUUUGCCCGUGGUCGCUAAAACGCCGCGAAAUAUCACAGGAAAAUUCUGGGAGUUUGCAAGAUCCGUCCACCAGGAACUUCAGAAGAAGUUCAACGAAGGCGGACCUCUCCUUGAAGAAGCAGGGAGGCAUUUCAUGUCCGCAAACACAGACUUUGAUCCCACUUUCGAGUACGAGUUCUGUGUGACCAACAUGGGCAACGUGACGAGUCUGAUGACGGAGGGCGGCGACAACGUCCAGGCUCUUCACGUCAUUAGAACUGUAGCUAUGAAUACUGUUCCCUGCACCUGGAGUAUCCUGCUCCACACCUUCCGCAGUCGGCUGAUCCUUGCUCUCACGUACAACACGUCCAACGUCAAUUCUGAAAUGGCAAAGAAAUUCUGUGAUGGGAUCUUCUACCGCAUUAAGGAAGCAUUGUGAAAAAAGGACACGAGAUGAAUUUUUUGUGAAACAAUGUGUUUUCCCAGAUCAUUCACAUUAGCUGUUAAUUGUCAAUAUGCUUUUUCAUACUCACACAUAUGUUUUUGUGUGUGCAUAUAUAUAUAUAUAUAUAUAUAUAUAUGUAUAUCAUUCUGCUUACAUUAUCUUUAAAUGUUUCUAUUAUCAAGAGUCGCGUAACAUUUGAUUUGUGUUUUUUUAUGAACGAUGGUUAUAAACAGCCUUAUUUUAAUUAUUGAUAAUGGGGCAAGGGUAUGCCUACCUAAAGUCUAAUAUCAAUAAAGAUAUUCCCAUU